AUGUCCGGCAAACUUCUUCCUUUAGCCAUGAGCCAGAGGAAAGAGGAAUUAAUGACGCAUCUCAACUUGGCGCCCACUACAUAUUCCAUGAUGGCGAAGGAAACCGAUGAUGUCUACAAGUGGCUAACCCAGGACAAGCGCCACCUCAAGCACAAUGGCAAGCAACAGCCUCCAUAUGACUGGAGUGACAUAAACGAGAAGGCCAAGGAUGAGGCAAUGAUCCAUCUCUCCCGAUCUGGAAAUGCACACACCUCGUAUUACUGGAACCUUGCCGCGCCGGGUGAUUGCCCAAACUGGAUCGCCAGAUGGUUUUUGUACCACAAAUUUCGGUAUAGAGAUGGCAGGAACAAGAAUUCCGCCAAAACAGAUGGCGAUCAGUCAAGCCAUUGGCCAAUGGGGACCAAUAAUACAAGUCAGCCUUAUCCUGAAGCUCAGAUGUCGCAUCAUACUUCGAAUUACACAGCUUAUGGGUCUCCAUCUGGUACCUACGGGACCAGUGGCACAAGCACGCAAGGCUAUAUGCAGGGUGGUGAGAGCUAUCUUCAAUGCCCCCCGGGGAGCUCGAAGGACUACUAUGAUCCUGUUAGAGACGUGUAG